CUUAUUUGGACGCUCCACAGAGAGAGAGAGAGAGAGAUUCCCUUCCAUCUGUAAAAAGAAAAAAAACGUAUUCCCUCCAUUCCAGUCUCUCCUUCUCGACCUCAUUCCACCCUCCAUUACAGCUCCCCCCUCCCUCAACCCUAGAAUUGGGAGUUCUACUCGUACCCGCUCUCCUCUCCAUGCCAAAACCCUAGCUGCGUUGACGAAAAUGGCUUCUCAUGUUGGGCGAAAUGUUGACUUCUUGGUCCGUAGAUAGAUUGUAUGUAUUUUCGUGUUUGAAAUUGUGACUGCGCAGGGGGGUUUUGAGGGUUCAGGAUCCACAUCUGUUCUUGUAGCUAUGGAGAGAUCAUCUGGCUCCGAUUUCAAGGGCCUGGCCGACUCGAUUAGUUCCCUCUCUGGUGCAGAAGGUGGAGUUUUUGAUGCUUCUCGCUAUGCCUUCUUCGGGAGAGGGACUGGAGCGGAGGUUGAAUUGGGGUGUUUAGAGAGUGAAGAAGGUAGUAGUAGUGGUAGCAGCGUUCCUGUUGCUGGAGGAGUUGUGGGGGGUGAUGAUCAGAUACUUGAGUAUCACUUAUUUGAGAAAGAUGAGGGUUCUGGAUUAGGAUCUUUAUCUGAUCUGGAUGAUCUUGCAACAACCUUUUUGAAGGUCAGCAAGAUGGAAUUUUCGAUUGUGCAGCAAUUAAAAUCUUCAGUGUUAUUUUCGUUGUACUCGAGUUUUUCAUAAAACUUUUCAUGGUGUGUUAGAUAUUAGAAUUGUAAACCGUUGUAAUUUUUUAUGACUUUUGAGGGUAUGAUAAGUUAAUACCCGUACCAGUUCUGGUUAUGCCACUAGCAUUUCCUUUAUAGUUUUGUGUUUGUUGUGUCAGAUGGUUAUACAGACUUGCAUUG